GGCAGGCGGGUGGGUGAAUGGCGACCGCGGCGACCGCGCCGACUUGGCCCUGGGGCGCGGGCGCGGGCGCGGGCUCCACUUCCCUCUCCCGCCAGCUGGUGGCCUCGGGAAGGUGGCGGCGCCGGCAGCGGCCGGAGCUGGGACGGGCCGGGGCGCGGGAUGGUGGGGGAAGGGGCGUUCCCGGCGGCCGCGCCUUCCGCGGCUAUUGGAUUAGUGGCCUUCUGGGAUGAGCUCAGCCGGAUCGGCUUUCAGCUGCAGCCUCCCGGCCGGCAGAGAAAGCGGGGAGCGGGCAGCGGCGGCGGCGGCGGAGGGCGUGGGGAGGCGGCGGCGGCUGCAGCAUCCAGAGCUGACCGCGGCGGCCGGCGCGCCCCGCGCACAAAGGCUCCCGGCCCCUGGGGAGGGAGAUGGGAGCACCGCAGUCCCGGCCCGGCCUCCAGCGCCAGCCACCGCUGCGUGCACCCAGGGCGCGGGGGAAAAGGCAGGGCGCCUCAGCAGCCGGCGGCCGAGGCGCGGCCCGUGAGCCCUGAGCUCUGGACUCGGCGCCCUCCGCGUCGGGCGCGGAGCUUCGGAACCGCUGGAGCUCGGGCCUUGGCGCGCCCCCGGGAUCCGCGCAGGAAGGCGCCUCCCCACUCCCACCCGACCUCCCGCGCCCUCCCGCCUCGCCGGAGCGCCAACUUCCCCAAGAACGCUCCAACUCCAGGCCACCCUGCCGGGCGCGCCCCUGGCGCCGGGGAGCAAGCCAGCAUCUCCGGGGGUCGCGCGGGCGCCCCUGAGUGGGCGGCGGCGACAGACGUCUCUCCGAGAAGUCCAGGACCUGCCAGCGCAGGCUCUUCCUCCGGGGCAGGCGCUCGCCCUCCCGUUUAUGGAGCUUGGGCCCCUGCCCCAGCCCAGUAGAGGCUGUGGAGAAGUGCGGUCCAGAAGCCUGGUCCCCAGCCCUGCGGCCCAUCCUUGGCCGCAGGGAGCGGAAGCUCCCACGAGGUAGCGGCGGCCUGCAGCGGCCCCCUCGCGGCAGUGAACCAUGGGCC